AUGUCUGCUAUUAAUCAUCCAAAACCAAAUAAAUUGAAAAGUGAUGGUGGUACUAGUGAUAUUGAUUCAACUGAUACCAAAGUUAAUAGAUUAUUAUCUCCCCAUUUAUCUAUAUUAGAAACUUUACAAUUUAAUAAUGAACAUGAUUAUCAACAAGAUCAAUCAUUAGAUUUAAAUUCUUAUGAUUUUACUUCAUAUCAAUCCCUACAAAUGAAUCAUAUCCCAAGACCAACAAGUUCUGUACUUUCUUCUUCUGAUAUUGAAGAUUAUCAAGAUAUUGAUCAAGAUAUUAAUGAUGAUAUUGAUCAAGAUAUUGAUGAUGAUAAAACUAUUGAAAUUGAUUUAAAUCAAUCAAUUGAUACACCUUCAUUUAUAUUACCAAAUAUGAAUCAAUCAAUUAAUAAUGAACAAAUAUUAAUCAUUGGUUAUAAAAAACAUUUAUUUUAUGAAAAUUUAUCAAAUGAUUUAAAACCACAUUUCACAUUAAAUCAACAAGAACAUCAUAGAAUGGUUAUAAUUUUAUUUAAUGGUUUAAUCAAAAUUGGAAAUGUAUUAAAUUGGUUAAAAUUUCAUCCAGAUUCAUAUUGUAUUCCAAUUUAUCAAAAUUUGAAUCAAAAUAUAAUUUAUAAUAUCUUGAACAAGUAUAAUAUUAAUUUAAUUAUGGAACCAAUUCAUUAUAAUGAAUUAGAUACAUUUCAAUUACUAGGUUCAUUAAACAAUAUACCAAUUGAAUCAAAUCAUAAUUUCAAUCAAUUGAUUAAAAUUGAUCCAACUAUUCAAACUAAUCAAGAAUAUUCUUCAAAGAAAAUUAUAUUAAAAAAUCAAUCAUAUGAAAUAAAUCAUCACCCAAUUCAUCCUUACCACAAUCAUAAAUAUAAAUCAAAAAAAUUAAAUCAUAAACAUUUAAAAUUCAAGAAAUUUUUAUUAUUAGGUUUAAGUUUAUCAAUAGGUAUAGGAAUUGGAAUAACUACAGCAUUAACAAUAACUUUUUUGAAACCAAGCAACAACAAUAAUACAAUAUCAAUAAAACAUGAUACAAAUCCAUCAAUGUCUGCAUUAUCACAUUAUUGGAAGACAAAUUUAAUUUUUUUGAAAAAAAAUGUUGUAUCAUUAACCAAAAUAACAUUAAAUAAAAGUUUUGAUUUGAUUAAUAAAUUUAAUGAUUAUUGGGAAUCUUUAAUGUCAAGAAAUCAUGGUGUUUUUAAUGGAUUGAUUUGGUUUAUUUGA